GACCCGAGUAGAAGACUCGACCUAGCAAGCCAUGGCGGCCACGGGUGGAGGGAAAAUUAGAAGCAGAAGAUAUCACAUCGCCUCUAAACCUUACGCCAAAAGCAAACAGCAACAGCAGCCAGGCCUCAUCAGCAGAGUCACAGACACAGUGAAGAGCAUCGUUCCUUCCUGGUUGCAGAAAUACUUCAGGAAUGGGGAGGCUGCGGAGGGGGGAGGGGCCGUGCCAGGGGCGGGGCAGGACCAGGCCCCUCCCUCUAACGGCAAUGAGGAUAUGGCCCCUCCUCUUGAUGGUCGGGACUCCCCAGAGCCCACCACCAGUAACACAGAGCCCUCAACGAGCAGGGCGUCCCUCAACCUCCACGACCACGUCCUGUCCCGGCCUCCCCUCAACCGCUCCCACCUCCACUUCCCCUCCCUGGACUCUCCCCCGGGGCAUGGGGCCCCCGGGGGCUCGGCCCUCUUCUCCCAGCCCUCCACCUCCUUCGCUCCGCCUCCCUUCCACGCCUCCUCCAGCUACUCCCUGGUGAAGGAGAUCAAGGACUCCAGCUCGCAGCACGAGGACGACAACAUCUCCACCACCAGCGGCUUCUCCUCCCGCGCAUCAGAAAAAGAUGUCCCGGCCUCCAAGACAGCUUCAUUCCCCCAGCUGUGGUCCCCAGACACGGACAGGACCCACUCCGGGCACCACCCGGCCCAGUCCAGCCUGAAGAAGCCUGCCUUCAACCUGUCUGUGUUCGGAGCCUCCUCCACUUCUACGAUGAACAGCUCUGUGCUGAGCUCCAGACAGCUGGGAGACUCUCCGUUCUACGCAGGCAAAACCACGUACGGAGGGGCUGCGGCGGCCAGGGCAGGACGCUCACGCCUGGGCACGCCCUACCAGGCCCCAGUGAGGAGGCAGAUGAAGGCAAAGCCGGCAGGAGCCCAGCCAUGCGGGGUGAACAGCGCCACAGCUCGACGCAUCCUGCAGUCCCUGGAGCGCAUGUCCAGCCCUCUGGCUGAUGCUAAGAGGAUCCCUUCCCCGGCCACCUGUCCUCUGUCCACAUCUCUGGAUGGCACCAUCCUGGAGCGAUCUCAUGUGCUGACCAAAAAGAGGAGGCUGGACUCUCCGCGCCCCCCGGUUCAGAAGCUGGUCAUCCCCUCUGCUGCCUCGUAUUCAGCUAACAGAUCCAUGUCCUUCAGGCCCUCGCUGACCCCGAGGGGCCUGGCACGACCUCUGACCCCAAGAGACACGCCCUCAAGACAAUCACCUCAGAUAGCAGAAACGCUGGCAGGUCCCUCUCAAAGCACAAGCAGCCUGCUCUACCCCAUCUGCAGCACACCUGCUGCCAGCACCCCCCAGGCCAGCGCCCCCCAGGCCAGCGCCCCCCAGGCCAGCACCCCUGGCUCCGGCGGGGGCAAGAUGAAGAGGGAGAGGACCAGCACUCGACCCUCCUCCAAGCGCCCCGAUGACGAGACUGCUGAUGUACCUGACCUACCAGCCAUCUCUCUACCAAUCAGCACUUCUGGCCUUCCCACCUUCAGCUUCUCCUCCCUUCCCCCUGCCACAGCCACGCCCACAGCCACGCCCACAGCCACGCCCACAGCCACGCCCACAGCCAUGCCCACAGCCACGCCCAUGACUCCUGUGGCUGCCGAGUUGGUCAACAACAAGGAUCCUCCUACUGCUUGCUCGCCCCCCUGCGCCCCGUUCACCUUCUCCUCGCCCAUCGUCAUGGCUACUGCUGCCAGCCCCACGUCCUUCUUGCCCUCCGCCGGAUUCACCUUCAGCGCACCUGUAGCCAAAACCACUCCCUCGGUGUCCAACGGCAACAUGGACAGUCACACAGGUUCCGUCCAUCUAUCUGCAACAGACUCAGUGGUCACGGUCGACUACACGGCUCCUGAUGUUACAGAGCAGGCAGAGGAGUUCGAGGGUCCCUUCAAACCAGCCAAGACCCUGAAGCAGGGCAGCGUGCUGGAUUUGCUCAAAUCUCCUGGUUUCUCCUCUCCGGUGGCAGGGCUGUCCCCUAGCCCAGAGCCCAGUGCCCUGGCCCCCCUUGCUGUGUCCACAGCCCCCUCCAGCUCCGGCUUCGGGGACCUGUUCAAGCCCCCGGCUGGAUCCUGGAUCUGCAGCGUGUGCAUGGUGCAGAACAAACCCAGCCACACCAAAUGUGUGGCCUGUCAAUCCCUGCAGCCCAACACAUCCUCAUCCUCCAUGAAAACAACAUCAGCCUCAGAGCUCCUCAGUACAGCCACCACGGGGACUACAACUCCCAUGGGGACUACAACUCCCAUGGGGACUACAACUCCCAUGGGCUUUAAGGGCCUCUUCACAGUCCCCACUGGGACCUGGGACUGCGACACGUGUCUGGUGCAGAACAAGCCCGAUGUAGUCAAAUGUGUGGCCUGCGAGACCGCCAAGCCUGGGGCUGGAGUUAAGCCCUCUCCGACUCUCCCUGCUUUCUCUGGGGCCAAGGCUUUGAGCAACAACCCCUCCACCUCGUCAGGGUUCGCAGGAUUCGGAGACAAGUUCAAAAAGCCGGAGGGGGCGUGGGAAUGUGGUACCUGUAUGGUUCAGAACAAGGCGCAAGACAGCAAGUGUGUGGCCUGCAUGAGUGCUAAACCAGGAGCAUCAUCGUCCCCUCCCCCCGCCUCUGCUGCCGCCCCCCUGCUGGGCUUUGGGGACCAGUUUAAGAAGCCAGAAGGAAGCUGGGAGUGUGGCGUGUGCACGGUGCAGAACAAGGCUGCUGACCUCCAGUGUGUGGCCUGCCAGUCAGCCAAGCCUGGGGCCACGGUGGAGCCCAAAGCCUUUGGUUCCUCCUCUUUUGGCGCGUCGUCAGAUUCUGGCACUGGAGGGUUCAAGUUCGGCACCUCGUCAGAGUCUACCUCUGGUGCCGGCUUCCAGUUUGGCGGCAGCCUCACAGACUCCUCAUCCACCAACGCCUCCGCCGGAGGAUUCAAGUUUGGAGCUCCGCCCUCCGAGUCCUCUUCCUCUGGAGGGUUUAAGUUUGGAGGCACCUUGUCAGACAUGUCUACCAACAACGGAGGGUUCAAAUUCGGCGGGGGCUCCUCUGCAGCUGCCGCCAGCGACGACACAAAGGCAGACCCUCCCAGCACGGGCGGGUUUACAUUUGGGGUUAGCGGGGGGUCGGCGCUGGGUAACUGCAGCUCCGGCCACAACAGCAAAGCCUUGGUGGGAGGCUUCUCGUUCGGCUUCCCCGCAGCCUCCCAGGACAGGAAGGAGAACGGGUCUCCGUCCACAGACGGCACGUCCACAGACGGCACGUCCACUGGGGCGGCUCCACUGUUUGGGAGCCUAGCAGCGGCUGAGCCCAGCCUGACCUCCACACCACUGGGGGGCGCUGCCUUCGGAGCGCCAACGUCCGCCGAGAAUGAUCUCCCUGCUCCCUCUUUCACGUUCGGGAAGCCCGAUGAGAAGGAGUCGUCUGGGUUUGGUUUUAGCGGGAAGGAAGCAGAGAGCUCUCCAGCGCCAUCUAUGGGCGGCUUCUCCUUCAGUGCAGCGGACCCUCCCCAGGAGUCAGCCCAGCCCAGCUUCACCUUUGGGAAACCGGCGGAUAAGAGUGAGGCGGUCGCAGACGGGCCAAAGGCUGCGUUCAGCUUUGGGCAGAGCACCACAGAUGCUGUUGCCUCAAACCCCAAACCGGUGUUUGGUUUCAUAGCCAGCACCUCCGCCCCCUCAUCCACUACCCCAGCCCCUAGUAUGUUUGGGGCCUCCAUCACCUCCGCCCCCUCCUCCUCCACCCCGGCCCCUAGCCUUUUUGGGGCCCCAAUCACAUCUACCCCUGCACCCUCAUCCACCACCCCAGCCCCUAGCAUGUUUGGGGCCUCCAUCACCUCUGCCCCAUCAUCCACUACCCCAGCCCCUAGCCUAUUUGGGGCCCCAAUCACCUCCGCCCCCUCCUCCACCACCCCAGCCCCUAGCCUCUUUGGGGCCCCCAUAACCUCCGCCCCCUCCUCCACCACCCCAGCCCCUAGCCUCUUUGGGGCCCCCAUCAACUCUGCCCCAGCCACCAGCUCCUUCCUCUUUGGCCAGACAGCAUCCAGCGAUGCCCCCCCAGCCAAGGCCUUCAUGUUUGGGCAGAGCCAGGACAGCCAGGGCUCCCAGGUAGCCCUCCCCUCCCUGAACGCAGCCCCCUCCCAGCCCUUCCUGUUUGGGUCUGCAGCCGGCGCUCCCCCCGCCACUCCCCCCUCCUUCACCUUCGGGGCCACAGCGCCCCCUGCUGCCUCAACCCCAGCCACUGCCCCCUCGUCAGGCCCCUCCCCCUUUGUCUUCAGCCCCGCCCCCUCUGCUGGGUUUGGCAGCACUCAGAGCCCCGCCUUCGGCCAGGUGUCGUCUCAGCCCAGCGCCCCGGCCUUUGGGGCCCCCUCCCCCUUCCUGGGGGCCCCCUCCUCCCAGUCCCCUGCCUUUGGUGCUGCCUCUGUGUUUGGAUCAGCAGCCAGCUCUGCUCCAGGAGGGGGGUUCCAGUUCGGGGGAGCCAGCGCCUUUGGCUCUGCCAGCAGCAGCGCGGGGGUGUUUGCUUUUGGGGGAGGACCAGGGGGAUCGCCCGCCCCCCCUUCUACUCCCUCCCUUGUGCCCCAGCCCACAGCCACAGGAGGGGGGUUCACCUUUGCACAGCCCCCUGCCUUCAACAUUGGGUCAACCAAGAACAGCUUCACCCCGACCCCCGCGGGCCAGAACGCCAUCGCUGGACGGAAGAUCAAAACAGCUGUCCGACGCAGGAAGUAGGAAGCCCCUCUAGGCUGAGGCUGAGACGUUCUGGAUGGGACUCCAGGAAGCCGGCCUGGACGCUGUUCCCUCAGACAGACACUGAAGUACUUAGCAUGUGAAGGGUUCUGGGGGGACCCCUCUGUUUCCAAAGGCUGGAUGGAGGUCUCCGUCUGCAGACCCAGAGCAUCAGGACAUGGCGAUGACCCGUACCAACCUGUAAACUAGAAGAGAGAACUUAAACAACAACCACCACCAUGACACAAUCAAUAGCUCCUCCCGCUCCAACAACAGGAUAUAUUUUCAACAGCCACAAAUGUCUGCUAGAACUGAGGCAUGACUUUUUGUAAAAAAAAAAAAAAAAAAAAUGUUA